AUGUCAGACACGAAAGAAGUCUAUCGGACCGCGGAGGUCAUGCUCAGCGAAUCUGGAGCAAAUCUUCUAGAGACAUCGCUAUUUUCCGACGUAACAGUGAACUGCGGUGACCGUACUUGGAAACUCCACAAGGCUAUAACCUGUUCUCGAUGCCCUUAUUUUAACAAGGCUUUCAAUGGCCAUUUCAAGGAAGCUGCUACUGGUGACCUUACUAUAAAGGAGCAGAUACCUGAAUAUGUGGAUCAAGCCAUCCGGUACCUCUAUACUGGGAAGGCCCCUGAGGACACACUAGAAUCUUGGCCUAUCGACCUUUUCAAGGUUGCGGACUUCCUGCAAAUCAAAUCACUAGAGAGGCAGUCGAUUGAGACUAUCAAGACAAGGCUAAGGGAGGUGAUGGGUUUUCUUGCUGAUAUUCACAAUAAGCCCAAGGAAGCACAGAUGGAAAAGGCCUUUCCUGAUUUUAUCUACCUCGCAAGAACGGCAUACGGUGCGGACUCGGCGUCAUAUUAUAGACUCCGAGAUAUCUCGAAGAGGUUUUUCGCUCAAAUCAAACAGCAUAUUAUCAAUGACGAUUGA